UCCACUUUCUUCCGGUGCUCUUUGCCUUGGACUGCAAGAUGAGACUUGUGGGCCUUUGCUGGGUUCAGGGGUAGAAACCGAUAUAUGAUCGUUGCCGUCUUUGCAGCAUCUGCAGGGGAGACAUCUUCAGCUGCACACAAGAGGACUGUGAUGGUAAGAGGCCCCCAGAAGACCCUUCCCCUCACCACUGCCCUGCUCCUCUGCUGGACCUCCAGGCAGAUUGCAAGCCCGGCUGUCCCCUCCCCAGCUGAGAGCCCCUCCGAGAGGGGAUGGGACCGUAGCUCAGGAGUAUGCUGAAGGUCCCCGGUUCAAUCUCUGGCAGCAUCUCCAGGUUGGGCUGGGAGAGGCACUUGCCUGAAACCCUGGAGAGCCGCUGCCAGUCAGUGUAGACAGCACUGAGCUAGAGGGACCAAGGGCCUGACUCUGCCCCCCUUUGAGGGCUGCCCAUUUACCUCCCUUUGGCUGUGAUCCUCUGUGGCCUGCAGACUCAUGGGAGAGAGUGGAGGAGGCCCUCCCCCAGGGAAAGAGCUGCAGCCCCUGGAAGGAGGGCAGAAGAAAGUACUCAAGUAUAAAAAUGGUGGGCUAUUAAUUACUAUUAUUUUACAUUUCUAUCCCGCUCUUCCUCCAAGGAGCCCAGAGCAGUGUACUACAUGCUUGAGUUUCUCUUUCACAACAACCCUGUGAAGUAGGCUAGGCUGAGAGAGAAGUGACUGGCCCAGAGUCACCCAGCUAGUAUCAUGGCUAAAUGGGGAUUUGAACCCGGGUCGCCCCGGUCCUAACCCAGCACUCUAACCACUACACCACGCUGGCUCUCUGAGAGUUGGUAAUAAUUUUAUUACAGCCAUUAAGACAAUACAUUUGGAGCAAUAUGCUAAAAUUAUUAUAAAUGGGGAACUAUCAAAUAACUGUAAAAUACGAAAAGGAAACAGACAAGGUUGCCCACUUUCCCCAUUACUUUUUAAUGGGGAAGUGCUCUGUCGAAAUAUCAAGAAGAUGAACAAAUACAAGGCCCGAAAGUAGGGAAACAGGCAGGGGCGUAGCUAUAAUUGAGCGAAAGGGUUCAAAGAACACGGGCCGCCAGCUCCUGAGGGCCGUCCAGAUCCCUCCCUCCCUAUUUUCUUCAUUGUCUGCCUCAUUCUGAGGGGCCGCCAGAGAGAGGGAUGAACACGGGCCCCCUCUCCCCUAGCUACGGCCCUGGAAACAGGAGUAUAAACUUAGAGCCUUUGCGGACAAUGUGGUGUUUUUUCUAUAAAAUCCAUUAGAGAAGAUCGGAAGGCUCUUGGAAAAAAUAGAACAAUCUGGCCAAUUGGCUGGGUUUUAUAUAAAUAAGAGUAAAAUGAAGGUGUUGACAAAAAAUAUGGGCCAGAAAUCCAAUGAUAGACUAUGAAAUAAGCGAAUUGAAAGUGGAAAAGAAAAUUAAAUAUUUGGGCAUCUGGCUGACAAACAAAAAUUAUUUGUUGUUUUCAAAUAAUUAUAUCAAAAUAUGGAAUACAGUAAAAAUUGAUUUGCAAAGAUGGACUAGAAUGAACUUAUCUUUAAUGGGAAGAAUUUCAGUUGUGAAGAUGAAUGUUUUAUCUAAAAUGCUCUUUCUUUUUCAGACUAUUCCUAUAAUUAACACCUUAACUCUUUUCAAGCAAUGGCAAAAGGACAUAACUAAAUUUGUUUGGCAAGGGAAAAGACCAAGAAUUAAAUUUAAAAAUUUAACUGAUGCUAAAGAAAGGGGUGGUCUUACCCGGCCAGAUUUAAGGUUGUAUUUUGAUGCUGUUUGUUUGACGUGGUUAAAGGAAUGGAUAACAUUAAGAAAUCCCAGAAUACUUGAUCUGGAAGGAUUUGAUAGAAGGUUUGGAUGGCAUUCAUAUCUGUGGUACGAUAAAAGCAAAGUGCAUAAAUAUUUGAUAUGUAAGAAGGAGUCUAAUGGGAGUGUGGGUAAAAUACAAAAAAAUGGCUGGAAUCUAAGAAACUUCAUUAUGGGUAUCCCUGAUUGAAACUUUGGCACGAAAAAGAGACAAAUAUGCAAUCUGAAUGGGGUACCUAUACGGACUUGUUAUAUUUUCAAGAGGGGGCUGUAAAUUAAAAAACCUAAUCAAAGUACAAAAUUUGGUUAGUAACUGGUUUCAGUAUCAUCAGCUAAAUGAAAUUUAUAAGAAGGAUCUUAAAGUUGGAUUUGAGGAUCAAAUGUCGAGAUUCGAGAAGGAGUUGUGUGAAAAUGAUGAAAAAUUAGUCUCUAAGAUGUAUAAGUUGUUGCUUUUGGAGGAGACAAGAGAAAAAGGGGUUAAAAUGACUAUGAUAAAAUGGGCUGGCAGGCAGGGAGGCAGGGAGGAGCCUGACCAGGGAAGGGCUCCAGAAGCAGGACUCCAUGCUGCCUUGCCUGUGAAGAGGCCGUGCAGGAGGGAGGGAGAAGGUACCAGAGAGGAGCCCCCCAGGGGCUCCCCGGAAGGCAGAAGAGUGGGGCCAGAUGGGUCAAAGGCAAGCCAGGGGAUCAAGGAGCCAGGAGGAGUCCCGGGUUGCUUAGGGCGAGGGCAGACCCCAGGGAGCCAAGAACUGCCUUGUGCUCUGGCCCGGCCCCAAGCUGCCCAGCGCCAUGAAGAUCACUCGGAGGACUCUCCAGCUUUCCAUGGUGGCAGCGGCAGCAGCAGCAGCAGGGGUGCUGGCCUUGGUCUGUCUCUACGCCAACCUCGGCCCAGGAGCCCAGCAGCCAGGGCCUGGCCCUUUGCUCUCCCCAGCAGCAGGACCCCAGCGCAGCUCCAUUGUCCUGACAGACAGCACCUUCACCUUCCACCUCCAGCCCAGCCUCUAUGAAGCCGCCUUCCCCCACCUGCAGCGCUACCAGUGCCAAGAAGUGAUCCCCGUGGCCAGCUUGUGCCAGGGGGCACCGAGAGGCAAACUGCUGCUCCUGAUGGCCAUCAAGUCCCACCCCAUGUCAAGAGGCAGGAGGGCCACCCUGCGCCGCACCUGGGCCCAGGCAAGGGACGUGGGGGGCUAUCGGGUCCGGCCCCUUUUCCUGGUGGCAAAUAUUUCCGGCAUCCAGCACAUCAAUCUGGUGAAGCAGGAGAGCCGCACCUUUGAGGACAUCCUGCUGUGGGAUUUCAUGGAGUCGCACCACAACCUGUCCCUCAAGGAGCGCUGCUUCCUCCAGUGGCUGCACAAACACUGCCAGCAAGCGGCCUACAUCUUCAAAGGGGAUGACGAUCUCUUUGUGAACCCGAAGGCCCUGACGGAAUACCUCAGCUGGACGCCCAACGCCUCCCACUUCAUCCACGGCAACAUUCAGCACCAUUCAGCCGUCAUGAGCUGCCGCACAUUGAGUCGACACUUUCAAGGAGCCGUCCACCACGACCCCAAGAUGCCUCUCCUGGUGGAAGCUCUGCCCUCAACAGAGAUGGCUGCCCCCAGGUGGAGGAGGUGGAGGGUUCUGGCUACUGGAGCAGGCGUCCUCGCCGCCCUCACGCCGCGAAGGGCCCUCCGGCUUUCCAUCGCAGCGGGAACGCUUCUCUCCAUGGGGCUGUACAUUGCCCUGAGCCAGCCCGGCCCGCAGGCGGUGCUGUGCGAGGGGCUGCGGGGCCCCCAGCGCGGCUCCCUCGCCCUGGCAGACGGCCCCUUCACCUUCCACCUCCAGCCCAGCCGCUAUGAAGCCGCCUUCCCCCACCUGCAGCGCUACCGGUGCCAAGGAGAGAUGCCCGCGGCCGGCUUGUGCCAGGGGGCACCGAGGGGCACAGCGCUGCUCCUGCUGGCCAUCAAGUCCCAGCCGGGGUCCAGCAGCAGGAGGGCCACCCUGCGCCGCACCUGGGCCCAGGCAAGGGACGUGGGGGGCUACCGGGUCCGGCCGGUCUUCCUGGUGGCCACAGCCCCCGACCUCAGACACAUGAGCCUGGCGCAGCGGGAGAGCCAGGCCUUCGGGGACGUCCUGCUGUGGGAUUUCACGGAGUCGCACCACAACCGAUCCCUCAAGGAGCGCUGCUUCCUCCAGUGGGCCCACGAGCACUGCCAGCAAGCCGCCUACAUCUGGCAAGGGGAUGAUCAUCUCUUCGUGAACCUGAAGGCCCUGAUCGAGUACCUCCGGUGGACACGCAGCCCCUCCGACUACAUCCAGGGCAACAUCCGCUAUCGCUCCCCGGUGGUGAGGUGGGGGAAGUAUGCCAUCCCCCACUCUUUCUACCCCCUGGCCCACUACCCUGCCUUUGCCUCCGGAGCGGGGCUCAUCCUGCCGGGGCCCUUCGUCCCCGCGCUCUUCAAGGCCUCUGCGUGUCUCCCCGUCUUCCCCCUCAACGACGUCUACUUGGGCUUCUUGGCUCUGGCCGCCCGACUCCCCUUCCGGCACGACGGGCGCUUCAGAGCGUGGAAGCCUCGAAGCGACCAGCUGGAGGCGUACCGGAUCUCCCUGACUGUCCCUGGGAUCUCGCUGGGGAAGACGGAGCAACUCUGGAAGGAACUGUGGAGCAAGAGCACGGGGAAGCCUUGAGCAAGACGGGAGGGGCCCAGCAGCCACAGACGAGCUGCCCCAGAGAGACUGGGGGGUUGGCCGUCUCUUCUGUGGAACACGGGCGGUUUCAGGGCUUACCGUUUCCCUCUCUCGGGGCAGAGAUUGCUGAGGCCUUGAGGUCCUUUCUGGUUUCUCGAUGCAUGGCGCGCCCUGCCCCCAAGGGCUUUGCCGUGCACGUAAAAUAAUACUCCUGACUCAUCUGGGUGGGGUGACUGUGAGAACACAGCCAGGCACACAGAAACACCGACCCACUGGCAGCUUCCAGGUAGCCAAAUAAACCCUGCAAGACACCUCCAACUCCACCCUGCCCAGAAAGAUCUCAGACCCCAGACUCCCCCUUUCAGCAUCUGGAGUUCAGACAGGCUGAGCAAGCGGGCUGAACCUGCCUGGCCCUGAAGGGCAGAGGAGAGCAGAGGUCCACCCUGUGAGAGGGGAGCGAGGGGAUUCCCAGGAUCAGUACGGAAGCUCCCCAUUCCACUCCCCCCAGCAGUAAGCAGCACCACGGGCCAAACCUGGUGUCCAAACAGCAGAGUUUAUUGAAAUCAAACUGGAAAUGGAAACCUGAAGUGUACAAAAAAUGGGUACAGGCUAAGACUUUGGCUGGGGAGAGGGAGGAAACCCACACAGAGGAGGCCAAGCGGGACACAGGGAGUAUUAAAAAAUAAGAGCUGGAGGGAAGGGGCUGGGGGGCUUCAGCCAACAUGGCGGGAUGUCUCAUUCAGAAGAAGUCAACGUCUUCAGGGGCAUCCAAGUCUCUGUAUUCUACAAUCGCACGAGGGUCGCCCCGAACCAUCCUGCAGAGGGGCAGAUGAAGGCGUGAGCUAGAGAAGCCGAGCUCUACCCUUCCAACUCCCAGUGGGGCCAGUGCUAGGUGCCGUAUGGCCACCCGGCCCUUCCCCAGGAAGCUCACGACAGACAGCAGGCACACCGCCCGGCUCUCUUCUGCAAGGAGACACACGCCUACCUGUUGCGCGGUUUGUUCAGGUAUCCACCUUGCCCUCUGAAGGUGUCAUAGUUCCCCCUUCCGGCUGCGUAGGGGGCAGGCGGGUACGGGGGGCCUCCUGAAAGAGACCGAAGGACAAGGCAAGCAGUGAGGCCCAGUGUGGCUCAGGGUGCUGUUACAGGUUAGGGUUGAUUCAGAUUUUGUUCCAUUGUUGACACUGCGAACCGUUUUGGGAUGCUUUUCUUAAAGUGGCCUACGUUACAGGUUCACUGAACGGGUUGUUCCCGAACACAAGACUGUCCCUUCAAUAAACUCAGUUAACAGAUGA